AUGGUCGAUCAAGGCUCCAGAAAGACUCCAUCGAUCCCCUUAUGGCAGCAGCAAUACAGCCCAGAAGCAAAAUCCGAGCGCCCUACCUCCGAUGACCAGCCUCCAGAACACAGCACAGCACCAUCUACGCCGGCCUCAGAAGUCCCUCUUUUUGAGCAAGCCCAAAAGUCCCUCGAAGAUGAGUCGAUACGAGACGCGCCCCGCGAACGCAAAAUCGCAUUCUUGCGGAACAAAGGUCUUUCAGCGGAAGAGAUAGAAAAGCUCCUAGGACCUGAACACUCCGACGCCCCACCUGCCACUGACGAUGGCUCUGAAUCUGAAUUGAAAACGAUACAUGAUAGCAGCCAGACGCGGGUUCCAGAGGAACAUGAGACCAAAGCGGUGUCAACCCCGGCGAGUGAGGAAGCGGCGUCGCAACACACCACAACCGCGCCGAAGCGAGACAUUCCGCCCAUCAUCACCUAUCCAGAAUUCCUACUUAAACCCCAAAAACCGCCUCCGUUAGUCACGUUUGAACGCCUGGCACAUGCAGCCUACGCCUUUGCGGGCGUGUCCGCCUUGACGUGGGCCGCAAGCAAAUACAUCGUGCAGCCUAUGCUCGAAUCGUUGACAGAAGCUCGCCACGACCUUGCCGAGACGGCAAAAACGGACCUCGAGACCCUCAACAAGAAACUUGAAUCCACCGUGUCCCACGUUCCCUACAUCCCGAGCAGUGCGGUCCUGCAACAACAACAAAAAGCUCAAGAUGGGGAUGACAUCGAAUCCGUGGUUUCAGACCCGACGGAACUUUUCCACCGCGAUGUCGCGACCCAAACCUCCCCUCGGCCCUCCCGCUCCAUGUCGUUUUCCUCCUUCCCGGACAACGAUCACCUCUCCGCACAAGACCCCACCACCUCACAGUCUUCGCGCCUGCGCUCCCUGCACUCCAUGCUCUACUCCCUGCUCAACUCUCAGAACAACAACUAUUCCCAGGAUCGCCUCAAGGACUCCGUGGGCGGUUUCCAGGCCGUGCUCGACAGACUCGAAGCGAGCCAUAACCCGUUCCAGGUCGACUUCGUGGGCGGGUCGUUCACUAGCUACAGCGGACCGGGGUCGUCGUCGUCGGCGACGGCGGUGACGGGUACGGGGGCGGACGGUAAACAGAAGAAACAGGCCCCGGUCAGCGAGGCGACCAAGUUCAAGAACGAGAUCCGCUCAUUGAAAGGCGCUUUACUCAGUUCGCGCAAUUUCCCCACGGCCCGGCCGGCACAGCCGUUCACGUUGCCUGCGAGAUGA